UUGUGGUUUUUCAAAAAAUUUUCUUCCUUUUUCUCCCCUUAAAUCUCCUUAUCUAAAUCUGACAAACUGAUCAUGUCUUCCUUGACCUCACUUUCCGUCAAUAAAAACAGUACUCGAUUCGCACCCAAAGUAAAAGCCAGACCAAAACGACCGCAAGGCAAUAAUACUUCUACAACAAAUGAUACAACUUCUACAGCAACAGAUUUAUCCUUAAACCAAACUAGUGAUUCUACGCAUGAAAAAGAGUUUAAUCGACGAUCAUCUUUUAAUACUAUCAGUUUCAGUGCAACGAACAAAACCACCAAUAUCGAUGGUGAUAGAGAAAAUAACAUAGUUAGCAACACAAACGAUACUACUAUCAACAAAAUACAGUUUGUCUCAACAGAUUCUGUGACAUCUAGGCGUCGUUCAUCAAAAUCAAGUCGAAAUAAUGAUAAAGAUAGCAACCAACACAAUGCAAAGAAAGCAACUGCUAUUAUUCCAGGUGCCCCCUCAUCUUCAGUAACAACUACAGUAACAGCAACAGAAAUCACUAAACCUUCAACUGACAAUGGAAAAGUACGAAGACAACCUUGUGUGAUUCCUGCACCACGAACCCCUGGCGGUCCAGAAACUCCCAAAGCACCUGAGGAAGAAGAUGAUGAAGAUUAUUUUGAAGAGCCAACCUUUCUUCCAAUGGAUACUAUGGAUGACAGUAACAUCAAUACCAAUAGUGGCAGCAAUAACGACAAUACUGAAAGCAAGAAACAAGAAACACCGACAAAUAUACCUAAGAAAGAAACUAUGAACAAGAUCAAGGCCGCCAUGAAAAAGUCGGAAAAGGGAAUAUCUAUUGCAACAAGUAGUCAAAAGCCCUCCAAAUCACGGUCAUCUGGUAGUUCAUUUGAGGCACCUUCUAAUCAACCUGAUCAACGACGAAAUGGGAAGAAAGUUUCUGUAACACCGGAUGAUGAUGAUGGCGACAGCAACUAUGAACAAGAGGUGACGCCAAGAGCACGGAAACGGAACAAGAACAAGGAUGAUGAUGAUGAAAAUACUGAGUCGAACAAAAAAUCAAGCAGACGAAGAACAAAACCGAUACUUUAUGCCAAGGAUAUGAAGACAUUAGAUGAUAUUCAGACCGAUCCUUUGCAACCUGAAGAUUUGGAUCGACCCAUGUCCUAUUUUAUCAAUGAUCUCGCACGUGGGAUUGUGACCAAACAAUUCCGGGACGAUCAGUUACGAAAGGAGGAAGAAAUGCUACUACAUGAAGAGGAAUUGGCGGUGAAGAAGAAUGAUCCGGAGGUCAUGGAGGAAUUGCGUAAGAAGAAAGAAGAAUUACAACGCCAACAAGACCUGGAGAAAGAGCAGGCUCUCAAGAAAUCGAAACAAGAUCAUCAAGAAAAACAACAAGCAUCCACUGGAUUACAAGAAUCAGCCACUGCACUUCAAGUUCGUUUGGUCAAUGGACAAAUUGUUUUGGAUACUGAUUCGAUGCAAAUUGAUCGUCGCAGGGAACGGGAAUUAAUCUCUCAUGAAGAUAUGGAAGUCGUAGAAGAAAAUGCACAUACUCGUCAAGUCAAUUCUACCACUUAUGGUAAAAGACAAAAAAGUGCCAAAUGGUCAGCAGGUGAAACAGAUCAAUUUUAUAAAUUGUUAUCUCAAUUUGGUACGGAUUUUGAAAUGAUUGCCAAUAUGAUGAAGAAUCGAUCUCGGAAUCAGGUGCGUCUCAAAUACAAACGGGAAGAACGGGAUCAUCCUCAAAAGAUCACGGAUCAUAUUAUUCGAAAACGACACAAAGUGGAUUUGGAUGCUUAUCAAAAGGUCAUUGGAUUAGAAUUUGAAAAAGUACCUGAUCAUUUCCAUUCAUUACAAUUAGCGUAGUACCCGUCUUUUAUUUAUUGACUUUAUCAAUCUAUCUAUAUUCCCCCCUUUAUCCCUUGUUAUUGAUAGUGUCUUUU